AUGUGGAGUGACAUAUCAGGCGUCGGAAGAUUUGAAGUCGCAGCUAGCGUGUUGGGAUCUGCGGCUGAGCUUUCUCAGUACGAAGAGCGUCUGCGGGUUGCGAAUGACCCACAAGGGGUUCACCAACAAUCAAAGGCACAGGCCACCGUGGUCUACUACUGUAGCAGAAUGGAAGUUGCCUGGGAAGAGGGCAAUCACGAGUUAUUAGCGUCCAAGCUUCUCCAGAUAGGUAGAUCCUUGUUGACCGGACAUUACCGGAACAGAGAAACCGCGCCAGAGGAGGCAAAGGCUCCAGAAGCGGUGAAGUGGCUACAGAAGGCAUUUGCACUUGCGGAACACCUGGACGACACGGUGACGGCCGGCUCUGCACAGCUCAAGACGCUGAUCCCCAUCGAGAGGUGCAUUCUGAGGAACUUGGGCAAGUCUCUCACGUUUCCUAGGGCCUACAUCUUGUCCUCCACUGAAGCGCCGGACAAUCUAAAUCGUGCGGAGGCUUCUAUCAAGGAGUUGCUCACAUCGAUUGAAGAGUCGGGAGAUCACGCAUCUUCCGAACACGCGGAAAUUCGAUGGUGGAUGCUUGCGGUUCGUAAACGGCGAAAAGCCACAGAUGAGGCGCUGCUUGAAGCCUUCAGGUCUAUCAUUGAUCACAUGGAUUUCACAGAAGAGACCGUGACCAACCUUCUACAAGAGCUCCGAACAUCAAGUCAACAGCAUGCGCUUGUUGCGUCUGUCCUGCAACAAUGCCUCCAACGGGCGUUGCAUAUCCCUGACAGCUCGGGAUUCCCUUUUGUGGACCGGCUCUUGUUGGCCACAAUCUUUCAAAGCUCACGAGUCGACCACGCAAGGGCUAUGCAGGAUCUGAAAAUGGCAUUCGACAUCGUACAGACAGCCGAAUUUUCCCUCCCGAAAGUUCCUGCGACGUCGUGUUUGUCUCUUUUGUGGCAAUUUGGUGAAAGAAAGUAUAACGCUCGGCGGUAUUCUGAGGCCGCAGACUGGUUCUUGCAGGGAAUCCACCGGAUCUUUCGGAGCAUUGCAGGAAGCAGCGGAAAGUGCUAUCGAAAGGCAGCGUUGUGUCAUAUACAGCAAGCAGAAUACGCAAAAGCAUCCGCCACUAUCCGCUGCUGCCCUGGAGAUGACGCCUCCACAUACUAUGUCAUGCUCCUAGCUGCUGUUAAACAAGGUUUGGAGGACGAAGCCAUACAGGCAACGCAGAAGAUGGUCCAGGCUCCUCGCUUCCGUAGAGAGAUGUUGCUCAUGGCCACGCGCCUUGCGCAUGAAUCCGAUCUCAAAGGACUGCUUCUGACGGUCCUGCAGCAGCUGUCGCAGUCUGUUCAAAGUCGAGAAGGUCGAGAAGGCGACGUAGACGGCAUUGCUGUACUGCGAUGCCUAAUCAGACUAACGGCGGACCUCAUUGCUGACCCCACUACAUGCAAGGGCGACCUUAUCGAUAAAUUGAUCGGGCAUUUUGAGCAAGGGUGUUCUGAAUGGGAAAACGCAGAAGGGAAGGUUCCUGGUCUGUUUGAUCUGUCGCGGGAGCUCUUGGAAGCAUAUUGUGAGGCUGCACUGAUCGAGAAGGAUGAAGAUUACCUAUGUAUGGUCUAUGCGUCUUUCGCCGCGACCUCGGGUAGGGUGUUCGCAACGCGAAAGGUCCCACCCGAUCCGGGCUCGAAUCAGGUCGACAGAUUACAGGCGUUAUCCUUGGAGAUCCAGGCCUGCGAAGAGAGAAUUAAAACUAUCCUGAAAAAGGCUCCGCUGCGGGAUGAAAAUAUCCCCCGUGUCAUGAUUUGUCUGCAUGUCUUGCUAGUUUUCGAAGCAGAAGUUGCCUGUCGCCUACAGGACUGGGCACACUUACAGCAACGAGCAGCACGGAGCGAGGCUCUUCCUGCAGACACGUUUGAGAUCAUAGGAGAUCUAUUAGUGGGUACUCUUCGCGGGCUGUCAGGGUCAGAGUAUUCAACUUUCAUUGUGCAUGCCGUAGUGGGCGGAAAAAGACUGUCCAGUCAAUGCCUCUUGUCGCGAAACACAGCGCCUGAUCGACUCAAAGCGGUAGGGUACAUCGAACAGGCCAUCUCGGUGUUGAAGGAGCACUGCGAUUUGAGUGGCACAUCUGACCAGGUGUAUCCGAUCGACGAAAGAUACUGGUUGAUGGCUACCGCAUACAACACCGGGAUUGAAUGUUUCCACGUCUCUUUACUCGAAGAAGCGAAGCGCUGGUUUGAGGCGAGCGCUGUCGUCUGCCGAUAUGUACCUGAUGGCGAAAAUCGGGCACGGAAGGUAUCCGAGACGUACGCGAAUCUGCUCGAUCGCACCGGUCUCUUGAUCCUCGAGCUUGGCGGCUUGCAUGCUCCGACACCCUAG